UAUCGAAUAGUUUGCAAACACUAAUACAGUUGCGAAGUGGAAAUAAUUGGUAUUAAUUGUAAAAAAUGAAAUAAUAGCAACAAAAUAGAGGAAAACAAACCAUAACUAGAGGAAAAAUAUACUCGACUAAGUGAACCCUUAAAAUUAAGGGAGAGGCUGAUUUCGGACCUUCGAGGUCUCAGCCUAGCGUUGUGUUGGCGUUGUGUGUGUGUGUAUGUGUGUGUGUAUGAGUGAGUGAAAGAAAGAGCGCCUCUGUCUCCUUCAAAAUGAUGAACAAUUACGGCAACAUAAUGAUGGAUUCACCAAAGUCCUCUCCUCAUGGUGGUCGGUCACCUGUGGUGGCUCGACAGGAUUCAUCGGGCACAUUGAAAACAACAAUAUCCCUGGGCAAGACUCCCACGAUAAUUCACACUGGACCAUUUUACUCGAUGAAAGAGCCACCCGCCAAAGCAGACCUAACAGGGGAUAAGGAUCUCAUGACCGAAUAUGGCUUACACCACACGCUGACCAAAUUCAAGGAGAAAAAGUUUAAGGAAUCGUUAGCAUCGUUCCUGCCGAAUAUCCCCGGAAUCAAUGACCUUAUCACGCAUCCUGUGGAAAAUAGUACGCUGAGGAGUGUCAUCGACAAACCACCCAUAGGCGGUAAGGAGCUGUUGCCAUUGACCCCAGUGCAGCUGGCAGGAUUUCGUUUACAUCCAGGGCCGCUGCCAGAACAAUAUCGAACCACAUAUGCCACACCUGCACGGAAACACAAAAACAAACAUAAAAAGCACAAACACAAAGAUGGCAUUACUCCCGGACAGGAGUCAACGUUGCUGGAUUCCGCUGGACUGGAAACUUACGAAAAGAAGCACAAAAAGCAAAAACGCCACGAGGAUGACAAAGAGCGAAAGAAACGCAAAAAAGAAAAGAAACGCAAAAAGAAAAAUCAAAGUCCCGAACCUGGAGCUGGACUCUUGCCCAGCGGCGCCACCGGUGGCUUGGGUGCAGUAAGUGGAGUUAUGGGAGCCACAAGCUUAGGUGCCCUAAGUGCCGGACCUGGCUCUGGAGGACUCUCUAAUCUUGGAGCCAGCAUGGGCCCUGGCGUGGUGGGGUUAAAUAAUUUCCCCUCAUCGUUACAAAUGCAGCAGCAACAGAUGCAACCAAUGCAACAGCAACAGCAGCAAAUGUCAAGUGGUGGCCUUUUAGGCUCCGUAUUGGGCACAAGUGGUGGUCCAGGCGGAGUUGGUGGAGGUGGCGGUGGUAGUGUAGGCAGUGGAGGCGGCGGUAGUAGCUUACUAAUGUCUCAGUUUUAGGCAAGAUUAGGGAAAUAGACUUGGCUCAUUACCUCUCUCAUUUAA